AUGGAGUGGUUUAUUAUUUUUUUGUUGGUUUCUGGCUCUGACGAUGUCCGUCACAUGACGAGCCAAAGCUCAGCACAGAGUCGUCGGGGCCGUAGGACGGUGAGCCAAGGUCUUCUUCGCACAAUUCAACAGAAAAAAGGCAAAGGCAACCUUCCUUCGGAAUUCGGUGGCGCCAAUCUACGAAUCCCUUCGACCUUCCUCAUACGAAAUGAAUGGCGUGCUAAUAACAAUUUGCCCAUAGAUGAGGCCGUUGAACGUGGCAUAAGCAAUUCUUAA